AGACGAGGAAGAAACGCGGAACAAAUAACCGUGCAUAUUUCUGACUCGGCGUGUAAACAAUGGUACGCGUGGUAUCAAUUUGGUAGUUUUUUUUUUUUUUUUCCUUAUUUUGAGUGAAAUAAAUACUGAUAGUUACAGAUGUAAAAUUAAGUCACUUUAUUUACGACAAUGAAACUGUACCGGUCCCUCUACAAUGUCACGAAGUUUCGAGGUGCGUUCGACUUCGGAGGACGUGAAGUAGCUCACUGGUUCCCAGGACACAUGGCUAAAGGACUGAAGCAAAUGAGAGCCAGUCUAAAGAGAGUGGACUGCGUCGUUGAAAUCCACGACGCUCGAAUACCGUUCUCUGGAAGAAACCCUAUGUUUCAGGAGACUCUGGACGUGAAACCGCAUUUGCUGGUCCUGAACAAAAUGGACUUGGCUGAUCUGACAAAUAAACAGAGGAUCCUGAAUAAGCUUAAUUCUAACGGAGUGAAGAAUGUUCUGUUCACUGACUGUCUAAAGCAGCGAGACAACAGUGUUACCAAGUUGGUGCCAACAGUCUUGGAGAUGAUUACAAAGUCGCCACGCUUUAACAGAGAAGAGAAUCAUAAUUAUUGCCUGAUGAUAAUUGGAGUACCCAAUGUGGGAAAGUCAUCACUUAUCAACUCACUAAGAAGGACACAUUUGAAAAAAGGCCGUGCGUCUCGAGUCGGCGGAGAGCCUGGGAUAACACGAGCCGUCCUUACUAAGAUUCAGGUGUGUGAACGCCCUAUUAUGCACCUACUAGACACACCUGGAGUCUUACCCCCGAAGAUAGAGAGUGUCGAAACGGGCAUGAAGCUCGCGUUGUGUGGAACUAUCCUGGAUCAUUUAGUGGGUGAGGAUGUUAUCGCUGACUACUUGCUGUAUUCUUUGAACCGUCUUGGAAACUUCAGUUAUGUGGAAAAAUACAACCUGGAAGAGCCCAGCGAUGACAUUCAAAAUGUCCUCAAACGCAUCGCUGUGAAGCUUAGGAAGGUUCAGCGUGUCAAAGCCCUCACUGGAGUGGGCAACGUUACCGUCACCGUUCCCAAUUAUCCAGCGGCUGCAUACGACUUCAUCCGAGCCUUUAGGAAAGGAGAGUUAGGCCAAGUAAUUCUGGACUAAAAGAACAGAUUUCAUGAAUGCACUACGGCAUCUAUACUUUGUAAGUAAAAAAAUAAAUAAAUAAAGAUAUGACUUGAACAGUAGCGCAGGAAGUGGUGUGCUGCAGCACCCCGUUGGUUUGUU